AUGGCAAGGAAAUGGCAGAUAUCAGUACUUCGAAAAAGCUCGGAAAAAGGUAGUAGUGCUACUGCAUCAGUUGCUAAUAAAGGUCAUUUCACUGUUUACACUUCAGAAGGGAAGAGGUUCAUAGUUCCUUUAGUGUAUUUGGAGAGCAAUGUCUUUAAGGAAUUACUUAAAAUUUCGGAAGAAGAGUAUGGUUUGCCGCGAAAUGGUCCAAUUACGAUGCCUUGUGAUGCUAUGUUUAUGGAGUAUGUUUUGUGUUUGUUGAGGAGGAGGAUUUCUGAAGAUAUGGAGAGAGCUUUACUGAUUGGUUCUAUUUUGGUUCCUCAUCAACAUAUUUCUUCUUCUUCUUCUUUUCUUGGUAUUGGACAUGCUAGUACUACACAUAUUACAGUUUGUAGCUUUUGA